AUGGAGAGACUGACGCAUAUGAUCCAAGGGGCAGUUGGUAGAGGUCUUUGGAAACCUUUUAGAACGUCUGGCUUAGGUCCAGGGAUAUCUCAUCUUUUAUUCGUUGAUGAUAUGCUAUUUUUUGCAGAGGCUACUCGGGAACAGUGGGAGGUAAUCCAUGAUAUCUUGCUCAAAUUUGCUCGUGCUCCGGGACAAAAGGUGAAUGUGGAAAAGACUACGAUUUUCUUCUCAAAGAAUAUUUCGAUAUCUAUUUGGAAUCAAAUUAGCACGGAUAUUGGAUUUUGUGAAGUGUUGGAGCUGGGAAAGUAUCUUGUUGUGCCUUUAUUCCAUAGUCUAGUAACGACGACAUGGUAUCAGUAUUUGAUUAAGAUGGUUACGGAUAGGUUGUCGGGAUGGAAGAUGCGAACUCUAUCGUUUACUGGAAGGGUUACUUUAGCUAAGUCAGUUUUGUCUGCCCUUCUUAUUUACACGAUGCAAUCAGCGGUUCUCCCUCGAAGGAUUAAUUGUUGUAAACUUUUGAAAGGACUUGCUAUUAUUUGGGAGGAUGUACGCCAGUUCGUUUCUUGGUGUAUUGGUAAUGGUAAAGAAGUGGAUUUCUGGUUUGACGCUUGUCUCGAUGAUUGUGGUCCCUUAAUUAAUUACAUUACUUUGGCGGGAGUAGUUGGAAUGAACCGUAUAACGAUUGCGGAUAUGUCCGAUAGUGAUGGCGGGUGGCAUUGCUCUUGGUUUGAACAGUUUCUUUCGCUGCAUAUUUUGUUCGAAUAG